AUGAGACUAGAACGCGGAGCAGGAGAUUUUUUCGAAGAUAUAAGAGAUGGCGCAAAAGGCAUCAUUGAUGAUAUUUCUGAUGGAUUUGGAAGCGUUUUUGAUUGCAUUGGAGCAUCUUUCCAAGCGAAUAAAGACUUCGACCUGAUGCUCUGGGCUGCGUACGUUAUGCUUAUUGCACCGAUCCUUUCGUUCUUGGUGAACGGAAUGAUGAACCAGAAGCAGAAAACUAACGACACUGAUAAGAAAGGCGCAGGAUCAAUCGGUUUUGCUGGACUGAUUUCAAUCAUCUCAGGCGCGAUCUAUUUGGCAUUUUACUACAAAGUCAAAAACUGCGAUUUCGGAACAUUCGGCAAAUGCUUCGAGUACGAUUUGCUCAAAUGGCAUGUGGGUUUAUCGAUGUUUUUACUCGUCUUGGGAGCCAUGAUUGCCGUUAUGCUCACUCUUGCUGCUCUUGGACAGGUCUGCUGCGGCGAUGAAAAAUUGACGAGCAUGUGCGUUUACAUUUUUCUUAUGAUUCAAAUGGGCUUGACUUUUGCACCAGCGAUUGUUUCCGUCUCUGCUGGCUGGAAAUACACUUUCGGCAAAUGCGCACCUUGA